AUGGAGAUGGAGAUGCAGACCGAGACCGAGAUUGAGAUUGAGAGUGAGAAAUGCGAUUCGCGAAUGAAACAGGGAGGAUGUGGAAUUGAGAAAGCACAAACUACGAUGUGGAAAUACAUUAAUUUACAUUCGCAUUACAUUCUGUCGAACGAGGAAAAGGAAGGGAACCUCAAGGAAACCAAAUUACAUUCGAGUCACACUCCAAUUGUCUACGCAGCAUGUAUACGGCCAAUUCACCGUCUCGUCUCGCCUCGCCUCGCCUCGCCUCGCCUCAUGGAUACUUCAUAA